AUUUUGGUAACGCGUUAGAGUUGGGCGAAGUUCCUAAAUUCUGGGAGACUGAAGUCCCGUGGGUGGGGACUGCGAUCUACAUGUCGCCGGAGUCAAUCCGUGACGGCGUGGCAACCAUGUCUCUAGACUUGUGGUCGGUGGGAUGUUUGGUACUGGAGAUGUACACGGGAGUGAUUCCAUGGGAAGGCCUUGAAAUUGAUGAUAUCGCUACUCGUCUCCUUUCUGCUCAAGCUCCAGAGAUACCUGAGACGCUUCCUUCUGAUGCAAAGGAUUUUAUCCAAACUUGUUUCUCGAGGAAACCUGAGGAGAGAGGAAGCGCUUCUGAGUUGUUGUCUCAUCCUUUCUUGUCUCGUCCAGAAGUUGAA